UCCUAGCAAAACGUCCUCCCACCACUCCUGCAGCCCGGACCGGCUCGGCAGCAGCCUCCGACCUCCCCCUCUGCGGACGGUAACUUCUGCCUCCUGGCCGCCCUCCCCCCUCUCCUUGCAGAUGGCAGAUGAUCAGGCACCCACAAUGCACCAAAAAGAAUGUGAUUUUGAAGAUGAAGUGGAUGCAAAACCAGAGAGGCUAAAAGUUGCUCAACUAUUUAGUAAGAAAAAAAAUGAAGCAGAGUCACAGUCUGGUGGUCCACUGCCUGUACGUAACCGAGUUGUUUCAUCAUCGUUCAUAUAUAACAUGAAAUAUGAAAAUCUUGGCAAGUGCAUCAUAAUUAACAAUAAGAACUUCGCUAGCAAGACAGGUAUGAGUACAAGGAACGGCACAGAUAAAGACGCUGGAAACCUUCAGAAGUGUUUCAGAAGUUUGGGAUUUGAUGUUUCAGUAUUCAAUGAUUUCUCUUGUAAUCAAAUGAAGGAAAUCCUCCAAAAAGCUUCUGAGGAAAAUCAUGAGAAUUCUGCGUGCUUUGCUUGCAUUCUCCUGAGCCACGGCGAAGGCGACUGCAUCUAUGGAACUGAUGAUUUUAUACCAAUAAAGGAACUUACAAUCCUCUUUAGAGGAGAUAAAUGCAAGAGCCUCUUAGGGAAACCCAAACUGUUCUUCAUUCAGUCUUGCCGAGGUACUGAGUUUGAUGAUGGGAUACAGACAGACUCUACCCCUGUAACUGACUCAGAUGCUAAUCCCGGAUGCAGGAUUCCCGUUGAAGCAGACUUUCUGUUUGCAUAUUCCACCGUCCCAGGCUAUUAUUCUUGGAGGAAUGUAGACCGAGGAUCAUGGUUUGUGCAAGCUCUCUGCUCAGUACUACAUGAACACGGGAAAGAGUUAGAGAUCAUGCAGCUCCUCACCAGAGUGAACCACCAAGUCGCCAUCAACUUUGAAUCCCAGGCCAGUGACCCACGUUACUGCCAGAAGAAACAGAUUCCAUGCCUGGUCUCUAUGCUCACCAAGGAACUUUACUUCUGAAAACAUCUCCGAAAUCACUCCACUCAGGUUGAAAUCUUAGUAUCUUGAUUUUUCAAAAACUGUGACUAUCUCCUUAUCUAUUGAAGAACCCGAUUUGGAACUCCUGAUUUUUGUAUUUGAGCAUAUGGAAAAAUUCAAGUUUGUUAAAAGGGGCUUGGGGGAGCAAAAAAAAAUCAGUCUUUUUAUCAUGUUUUUUUUUUUAAUUUUUCAUAGAACUGGAAAAUGAGAUGAAGGCUCACUUCAUCUUUUCUCUUGGGUCUUUUAGUCAAUACUUUUCUCAGGCUAAAUCAUCAAUAACAAAAAAAUGAUCUCUGUUUGCUCUUUAGUAUGAUCCUUACAAUUCAAACAAUCUAGAGAACAUCUUCUCUGGCUAAAUAAAAUGUCAAGAAUACUG